AUGUCAGACUGGGAUAACGUUACUAUUAUUGGCCAAAAAGCCCGCGUUGGCGGUGGUGGCCCUAGAGAGAAGGUCGCUCGUACACAGGCCGAGUUGAAUGCCGCUAGAAGAACUGGCUCUGUUCUCGGUACUGAGAAGAAGUACGGUUCCACCAACGUUAAGUCAAACCCAGAGGGCCAAAGAUUGACCAAGUUGGACAACACCGAUGAUGUCGUUUCUGUCAAGAAGUUGGACUCUUCUGUUGGUAAGGUCAUUUCCCAAGCUAGACAAGAAAAGAAGUUCACUCAAAAGGACUUGGCCACCAAGGUCAACGAGAAGCCACAGGUCAUCAACGACUACGAGGCUGGUAGAGCUGUUCCAAACCAGCAGGUUUUGGGUAAGUUGGAGAGAGCCUUGGGUGUGAAGUUGAGAGGUAAGAACAUUGGUGAGCCAUUGUUUGCCAAGAAGAGCUAG